AUGAGGUUUCGUCGCAAAAAGUGAGUUCAAAGUAAUGUGUUCCUCUUGCUUUGUGCUGUACGUGUGUUUUUCUUUUACUUUGCUACUUUCAAACCUUUAUAUGUAUGUAUGCUUACUGAUAUGAAGAUUUGUACUAUGUUUAAGGCAAUAUUUUGAAUGGAAGGGGGUUGGGAGGGGAAAAGGAGAGGUGGAGGGGCGGGGUAGGGAUGGGGAGAGUUCGGUCAGACAAUUUGGGAUUGAGAAAGGGCGGGUAAAAAACUUUGUUUUGACUACAACACAUAUUUUUUAAAUCCUCUAAAAAUCAAAGUUUAACAAUUUAUGAAAAUUUUCAUUUUUUAAACAUUCUUCACUUUAAAUCAGUAUGUUUUAUCACAAUGUUUAUAAAAAGGCAAGGCUGAUUGUUUUGAUUUCAAUGCUCUUUGGUCAAUAUGAAAAGCUCAAUAAAUAAUAAAAGCUUUGUACCUACGUAUUUGAACUUGGCCUUUAAAACUAUAAGAUAACAACAAGGAAAGUGCCUAACCUGUCCCACUCUGAUUGACUUCAAACUGUUUAUGUAGAAAGAUCACGUAAAUAUAAAACCUUUAACAAGUAGUAAAUCACGCUUUCCAAAAAAUCUCGAAAAUCGAGAUCAAAAAAUUACGUUUUAAAUUUCCCGCAAAGUUGGCAUUAUGUUUCAAGCUAAUAACUUUGUCAUUUUUUGAUUUUUAGGAAUUUUUCUUUGAUAUACUAGUAGAACACCUUUAAAUGAACCUACAUUUUUAAAUUUGUAAGCGUAGCUUGUCUGGAAAGUCGAAAAAAGUGCUUGAAACACAAUGCCAAAAAUUCUAGGUUAACAGGAAACUCAAAUAUUUAAAUUUUAAAACAGAACCGCGAGCUAACAGUUUUUAUAGGUAUUAUUGGUGGUAUAAAGAAUUGAUAUAAAAAUUUUGAGCUGGUUCUAAGUGGGAGAGGGUACUUUCUAUGUAAGUCGGUUUUACUUUAAAUUAUAACUUUUUAACACUAGUUUUAGUGCUUUUUAUUAUGGCUAAAAUUCGUACUUUCAUAUCAACUAAAAAACCGCCAUUUCCCACCAAUUUCCUCUCCCAAUUACCCCGCCAAUAAACUAAACCAGCCAAAAAACGUCUAUAAUAAAUAAAUCCGAAAAAAAACUUGGAAAAUAAAGUUUGGGCAAAAUUUUAUAGCCUAAAGACAUUUGGCCCGUGGAUCGUGUUUUAUUAGAGACAGAAGGUGUUUUCGUUUAAGCGAGGACGGCCCAAAAAGAGCCGGGGCAAUGUUUGUUCGGCCGCUUCUUUCUGGAUAUUACACCUCCAUGCUUUUUAUACGCCCAUUUCGGAUUUCGCCUGCUUUUUUACGUUUACACUUUUAAUGUUUAAUUUCGUAGGGGUUUCGUGUGUUAGAGGGCAUAGCGGUGUAGGUUUAGGUGGUUGAGGAAAGGGGGAGGGGGUUUGGAAGGGAUGUGGAGGUUUUCGGAAGGGGUGUGGAAGGGUAUGGUUAGAAGUAAGGGGAGGAUGUUAGGAGGAAAUGAUUGGCAUUGUUACUCUGAUAAAAAUUAGUAUCCAGUUGUUCAUAUAAUUAUGUGCCCCCUAUUAAAGCACAUUAUUACAGUUAGGGAGCGCAGAGUUAUUUGAACGGCUAAAUAUUAUAUUUGGUUAAAGGUUUAAGCUCUUAAAAAAGUCUUGUCGUCUUUAAACAUAGCUUUACACUUUCAAAAACGACAAUAUUUUUUAACGUUUCAAAAAGACCAAGUAUUACCAAACAAAUUUCAAGUAUAGCCCUUUUAUAAAUUCUAGAAUAGUCAUUUAUAAACCCUAGUAUAGCCACAUAUACAGCCUAGUAUAGCCACAUGUAAACCUUAUAUGUAUAAAUACAUAUAAAACGUAGUUAGGUAAAUCCUAUAGUCAUGCUUUGUUUUUAUUGUUGUGUUCGUACUAUGCCGCGGAUUCAAAUCCAAUUUUCCUUUUUCUUCCGCGGAUUUUUACUCGUUUUAUCAGUAAAUUUGCUCGUUUUGUUAUUCUAAACGGUCGUAUGAUGUUCGCCUGCUUCGUAUUUUAGCCAUUGUUUUCUUUACUAGAGUAUGAGAAAUUAUUUUAAAAAUUAAUUUUUAAGAGCUUGUUUUUGAUUUUUUUUUCUAGUUUUCUCUUCACUUUUUGACCUUCCUAACACAAUUUUAUGAUAAACCUAAUUGUUCGCUUGCUUUUUUUCCCAUUUUUAGCCAAAAAAAACUCAUUUUAGUGCUUGUGCCACCCCUUGUUUGUAUUAAUUUUGCUUCUACAAGCUUUCGAAUAUACUUAUACCACUAAAAUCCUUAUUCUCCCUCCAAAAAUCUAACAAGCAUCACUUCAGGAGCUCCUCGAAGCCUGUAAACACGGCACAAAAGAUGGUCAGUGCGGCGUCGACGGCCGGCGCUACGGCCGUCGAGACCACGGUGGCCGGAGCAAAUGUGAUGGUAACUGAAGGUGGUAAUGUGCUGAAAAGAGGCUGGGCACGUUUGUCGCGACGAAAGUCAAAAAAGAAGGACAUAGCGAGGAUUGUGAACGAAAAGGAAGAAGAACUUGAAGUUGAAAGUGAACACAUUGACGAGCAUCCAUCAAGUAGUGGGAUGAGCGUGUCACAGGUGGAAAAGAGGUCAGUUUUAGUUUGA